CUUGGGGCUGCCGAGAUGCUUCAAACCAUUAUUAGAAAAUACUGGAUCCCCUUGAAGCGCUACUAUACCCAGGUUUACCAAGAGAUUUGGAUAGGAAUGGGAUUGAUGAGCUUCAUUGUUUAUAAAAUCAGGAGUGCUGAUAAAAAAAGUAAAGCUUUGAAAGGUUCAAGUCCUGCACCUGCUCAUGGUCAUCAUUAGCCAGCUUGCUUGAGUAGAGAAUCGUCAGUCUGCCUGUAAAUGUAAGCGGACUUUGUUAGAUGGGAACACGGAGCAUCACCAUGCCCUCACAUAAGCACCACUUACUACGUGGCGUGAAUAUAUGAUCUGAGAUGCACCACUGCC